AUGCAUAAAAUAGUGACAACACCCAUAAAAUCUUCUCAAACACUUUUUAAUUUCUUUUCCUCUCCAAUUUCGCAACCUUCUUUGCCUGAAGCAACUACUCUCACUUCCGUGCUGGAGCGCAAUCCAAAGAAAUUAAAAUAUGACGAGGCCAUUGUUAAUAAGAAGGAUGAAAGAAAGUCACUGUGCUCCCUGUCCAGUUAUAAAAGUUUUCCUUUCAAGCCAUCUUUGAAGUCUUCUCAGACAACUGAAAGGUAUUCUUGGCUUGUUGAUAUUAAAGAUCGAAAUCAAAAGAGACCCUUAGAUGAAGGCUAUGAUCCCACCACGUUGUACAUUCCCUCGCAAGCUUGGAGUAAAUUUACAAGUUUUGAGCGACAGUAUUGGGAGAUUAAAAAGGAUAAUUGGGAUACAAUAGUUUUCUUUAAAAAAGGAAAGUUUUAUGAACUUUAUGAAAAAGACGCAGAGAUUGGACAGAAGGAGUUUGAUUUAAAGUUGACUGAAAGAGUUAAUAUGAAAAUGGUGGGCGUUCCUGAAAAAACUUUUGUCCCGUGGGCCUCAAAGUUUAUUGGCUUGGGCUACAAAGUAGCCAAAGUAGAAGAAAUGGAAAGCGGUUUGCAGAAAAGUAUGCGAGAGAAAGAACAAAAUAUUAAAUCAAAAGAAAAAGUCAUUAACCGGGAACUGAAGUGUAUUAUAACAGCCGGCACGCUAUUGGGCGAUAUGGUGGUCGACGAAAUGUCUACUUACAUUAUGUCUAUAAAGGAAGAUAAUAUGAAUUACGGCAUCGUUUUUGCUGACUGCUCUACUGGAGAGUUUUUUAUCACGAAAUUUACUGAAGACUCAAAUCGCACUUUUUUGAAGACCAUUUUUAUGCAAAUAAAGCCACGUGAGUUAUUACUUGAAAAAGGCUGUUUUUCCAGCGAGACGCUAAAAACUAUAAAGAAUUACUUGAGCAAUCCUGUCGUGAAUAAGUUACUUUCAAGGACAGAAUUUUUAGGGCGGGACUCCGCAUUAGAUUUAUUGAAAUAUAAAAAUUAUUUUGAAAAUAGCCUUGAAAAAGUUGAAGAAUAUUCUUUUCUGCCGAAACCCCUCGAAAAGUAUAUUAACGAUGAGUUGGUGCUCUCUUCGUUGGGUGCUUUGCUUUACUAUUUUGAAAAACUUCGCAUAGCCAGCGAACUUCUCCCCUCCGCCGUUUUCAAACACUAUAAUCCUUUGAGCCAUGGAAAAACCAUGUUGCUUGACUCGCAGUGCUUGCAUAAUUUGGACAUUUUGCAUAACUCAGCGGAUAUGAGCAACUCUGGAACUUUGUUAGAGUUACUCAGUCAUUGCCAGACUUCUUUUGGAAAGCGGUUAUUUAAAAAAUGGCUGACUCACCCGCUUUUGAGUAUUGAAGCAAUGAAUGACCGAUACGAUGCUGUUGAAGAUUUUCAGCGAGGCUUGCUUGAUAGUUGCUUAAAACUGGAAGAAGUUUGCGAUUUUGAACGUUUAUUUUCGAAAAUGCGGAACUUUUCGUGCAAAUUGAGCGACUUUUUUAUGCUAAUGCAUUCCUUGCGUUUAGUAGUGAAAGAAGUUGAGUCUGUUCAGACAAUCGUUACUCAGUUAAAGUCUAAACUUCUUCGGCAAGUUUGUGGAAUUCAUUGCGAUGAUAAUUCAGAAGGCCUUUUCCCCAACAUUGCUUCUCUCGUUGAGUACUUUUCUUCUACGUACAUUGAAGAGGCUUCUGUCCGAGAAGAGAAGUUCGUCCCCUCGAAAGGCUUCGACAGCAAUUACGAUACAAUAAAAGAAGAUCUUUUACUAUUUGAAGAAAAGUUUUAUGUUGAACUUGAAGAGGUUAAGAAGUUAUUAAAGGAGCCCACCAUCACGUUUCGAGCGCUCGGCAAGGAACCCUUCCAGUUGGAAGUAAAGUCUACAGUAAAAGUUCCGAAGGGUUUCAUAUUAAAAUCAGAAACCAAAAAAUUUCGCCGUUACUGGUCACCAAAAAUACAAAAGCUUAUUACUCCCUAUUUAGAACUCAACGAGACUUUUGAGCGUUCUUCUAUAAAUGCUUAUGAGAAUGUAGUACGAAAAUUUAAUGAGCACGAUAAGCUUUGGAAAGAGUUUCUUGUGUGCGUUUCGGAAUUCGACUGCCUACAAAGUUUGUAUAGAGCAACUCUGAGCUUCGAAGAGCCCACGUGUCGUCCUCAACCUUUUUAUCGCGCUGAACCGCUUUUAUCAUUAAAAAAUAUGCGCCACCCAUGCCUCUGUAAAAAUAUUGAUUAUAUCCCCAACAAUGCCGUUUUUGGAGAGGAACAGCAUCCUAAUGCAAUGAUCCUUACGGGUCCCAACAUGGGAGGAAAGAGCACUUUCCUUCGGCAGACUUGUCUUGCUGUUAUCCUAGCUCAGAUUGGUUGUUUUGUUCCUGCGGAAUCAUUUCGCUUUACACCAGUCGAUAGAAUAUUUACGAGACUUGGCGCUAACGAUAAUAUUAUUGCUGGACGUUCUACUUUUAUGGUUGAGCUUGAGGAAACCGCUAAUAUUUUAAACAAUGCUUCCAAACGAUCAUUGAUAAUACUAGACGAACUUGGAAGGGGCACGAGCACUCACGACGGUUAUGCACUUGCCUAUUCGGUUAUGGAGUAUCUUGCCGCACGCGUCCGGUGCAUUACUUUAUUUUCCACUCAUUAUCACCUUUUAUGCGAGGAGUUUACUGAAAAUAAAAAUGUCAUGCUCAACCACAUGGCCUGCUCAGUUGAUCCAGUGAAAAAUGAAGUUACUUUUCUUUAUAAACUUGAAAAAGGCGAGUGCCCCAACAGUUACGGGCUCAACGUGGCUAAAAUGGCGGGAAUUCCUUUUGCAGUUGUUCAAAACGCUCAAAAAAAAGCAGCUGAGCUCGAGAAAAAGUUGCUUACCAAUAAAUAUCCAAGAAGCGGCUUGUUUAAAGCGUUCCUUCGCGGCAUUGAAGAAAAAAAUAUAGAAGUAGUCAAUGAGUUUUUUAACAAGUUGAUUGCUUUGGCUUAUUAA